AUGGUGAAAUUGGUUAUCUUUUUCUUCUUGUUUAUCGGGAUUCUAUCUGUCACUCGUGAAAAGCGGGAAGAAAGCAAGGAUUCUCCGGGGAAACUAGAAGAUCGCCAAUCUGAGACCACCGAUGAUAGUGAAGGCCAAGAGACAUUUGAGCAAAAGUUUCUUCAACUCUCAUUGGUCGUUUUGACUCUCCGAAGGGAAAUCGCAUCACUUCAGGCCGAGUUGCUAUCCUCUCGACCUCGAUCUAAGGGAGAAGGCGGAGAUCGUGGAGACCUGGGAAAUGCGGGUAGGCCUGGCCUGGAAGGACUACAUGGCCCGAAGGGAGAGCCUGGUGAAUGCUGU